AUGAGUAAUAUUAACUAUCAAGAACUCUUGAGGAAGAUUCCUUUGUAUAAUAAAUAUGGCGACGACUAUCCAGAUAAGAUGCUUCCCAAAUUGGACGUUCCUGAAAUAAAGAUCCAGCCACUACCACCAAUAAACAAAACGAUAGAGGCAUGGAUAACAGAACUCGAUAAAGCUGUUGACUAUUGGUCAAAAUAUAGUGAUAAUAACAUUAAAGAAUUUAAUGAUUGGUAUAAUAAAAAGUAUCUAAGUAAUAAACCACCUGGUUUGGUAAAUAGCAGUGUAUUAUCACCGGUACAUAAGUAA